UUAUAGUUAUGUGGAGCAGUGUAUUAAAAGAGAGAUUGAUUGUUUAUUAUAUAGACAACAACUGGUUGGUGUUAGACAAAAUUAAUGUUUUGUGUGUGAAAAGGGGAUUUUUAGCGGACUCCAAAAAAUAAUAACGGACGUGACUUGCUCAAAUUAAAUAUUAUUCCAUUUUGUGACUGAAAUUUAUAUUUUUUGGGUGUUAAAAAUUAGUACCGUAUUUAUUCUAAUACAAUGACAUGUCGUUUUAAUUUUCAACCCUCUUCUAGGGUGUCGUUUUAUUAGAGACUGUCGUUAUAAAAGAGAGUCUUUAUAUUAGAAUAAUUACGGUAUAUCAGCUUAUUUUUAGUUUCAGUAAGGGAGUGAUGAUUUUAGAGGGGGAUUUUACUGGGAAAAAGCUUUGGAGAGUUUUGCGGAUAGAUAUUUGCGGACAAACAAGUUUCGGGUGUUUUGGAUACAUAAAUGUUAGCCUAUUGAUUAUUGGAAUAUUUGUCUUUAAUUUACAUAUUUUUAAAAAUUUUUUAAAGUAUUUUUGGAAAAUUUUAUAAAAUAUAAUGUAAAAAAGUCCGAAAAAAAAAAUCCGCAAAUAAAAAAUCCGCAAAAAAAUAAAAAGUCCGCAAAUGUGUAAUCUGUAGUUAUUAUCAAACUCUUAUUAAAAAGAUAAUUGUUUUGCUGAAAAUAUAAAAAAAUAAUUUAAAUAUUCGCUUUGUAUAUCCAAAGUAAUUAAAACCUUUGGAUUUGCUAAAAAUAGCUCUUUUUUGCACAUUUGUAGAUUAAAGAAUAAAAGUCUGUCACACCCCCUGUCACACCAUUUUUAGUUAAAAAACAUUCGGUGUUUGGAUUUUGAGUUUUGAGCUCUUGAGAGAUUUUUGCAAUAUUUUCUAUUUACUUUUUAUUAAUUUGUUACUCUAUACAUAUAUUUACUGUUUACUUCAAAUGGUAUUUUUUUCUUUUGAGCUAUUUUUGUUUUUUCAAUAGAAAUAAAAUUUCUUUUUUUCUCGUUUAGAACAGGGCACAGUGCUUGCGGAUAGCGGAUUACGUAUUGCGGAUUGCGGAAAUUAUUUUCCAAUUGCGCCCAGCCCUGGAUUAGAAGCCCUAGUUGACUUGCGGAUUUUUUUGACUUGCGGAUUGCAUUUGCGGAUUUUAAAAUUAAAAUUGCGGAUUGGGUUGCGGAAAUUUUUUUUCCCAAUUGCGCGUA